AUGACCACCAACGCGACUCUGGUUGGCAGCCCCGAUCUCGUGGCGGCAUUGGCACGAGCGCGCUUUGCUCCAUGGCCGACCACUGAGACCAUUGUUAACGGAAUGCUCGUGGACACGAUCGAGCGCGCGAAUCCUGCAACGAGGGAACCGUUUUGGUUUGCGCUCGAACCUUUCAGUCCCAGGCUCAUCCCGACCCUCCAGGCUCUCCUCUCUCACGCCCCAAGGAGCCGUGUCCUCGACCAUUGGGAUGCCAAUCCGCCCACCGUCGCCCGCAACUCGCUGACGUAUGUGGCGGCCGCCCGACAUGCUCCAGACAAUCCCAUGGAACUGUCCGACUCUGCCGUGGACAGGGCAUUUGAUGUUAUCCAGGCGCUCCUCGAUGCGGGAUACACUCCCGACGAACCGGCCAUGCGCUUGCCCUACCCGCCCACCAACUGGGCGGCUCCAUUUUUGGCCUCGCAAGUGCCGCAAGAACACGAGUUUGACGGAAUCUAUUCUGAUGACGCGGCCGCGUACGCCUUUCUUGCCGCCCACGGUAGCCCGUGUGAUCGAAAGUGUGGGAAACACAUCGGCCGCCCGAUCCUAGAGCUCCUGCCCGAGCAUGAUCUCGCACGCCACGACCUAGAGGUAGGACAAGACUCUUUGGAUGCCGCGGCCGAAGCGCUGGCCCAUGUUUUGGAGAUAUACAACACUGCGCACGCGGUCAGAGUGUCAUCGUUGGGCGCGUGA